AAUAAUUGGACACAAGAAAAUCCUACAGGGCUAUAACCGGCGAGUGGUGGAUGAGCGGGUACUGAAGUGGCUCCAACAUGGCUACCUCAAAGAUGGUGAUGGCUUCGCUAACCCACUGCCGCGCUCUCACGUGCGCCUCCACGGCCUCAGCGUCAGCCUCUUACCCUGCGCGCCUGGUGCCGCACCCACCAGACCUCAUCAAGUGGGUCAGGAGGGAAGGUGGCUUCGUGCACCCGUCGGUGAAGAUAGCUCAGGACGACACCACCGGUCUUGGACUCAUUGUCUCUGGAGAAAUUCCAAGAGGGUCCGACCUUAUUGCCCUUCCUGAUCACAUACCCUUGAGGUUUGAAUCGGAUGGUGGACGUGGGCUUGACUCUGUCUUGGCCAAUUUGGCUCACCAAGUUCCCGAGGAACUGUGGGCAAUGAAAUUGGGUUUGAAGCUUCUGCAAGAAAGAGCAAAGGCUGGGUCCUUCUGGUGGCCAUACAUCAGCAAUCUCCCUGAAACUUACAGUGUACCCAUCUUCUUUCCUGGGGAGGAUAUAAAGAACUUGCAGUAUGCUCCUCUUCUUCACCAGGUAAACAAGAGAUGCCGGUUUCUUCUCGACUUUGAGCAAGAUGUCAGACAUGCUCUUCAAAAUCUGGAACCAGAUGAUCACCCUUUUGGUGGCCAAAAUGUAGAUGCAUCUUCCCUAGGAUGGGCAAUGUCAGCCGUCUCUUCAAGGGCAUUUCGUUUGCAUGGUAAAAAGCUCCCAGAUGGAACCCACAGUAAUGUCCCCAUGAUGCUUCCUCUCAUCGAUAUGUGCAACCAUAGCUUCAAUCCAAAUUCCCGAAUAGUUCAGGAACAAGAUGCCGGGAUACUAGUAAAGGUUGUAGCAGAAACAGUGAUCAAAGAAAAUGAAUCUUUAGUACUUAAUUAUGGCUGUUUAAACAAUGAUCUUUUCCUGCUGGAUUAUGGAUUUGUGAUACCUUCAAACCCCAAUGACAAUAUCGAACUCAAAUAUGACGGUGCUCUGUUGGAUGCUGCAAGCAUGGCUGCCGGAGUUUCUUCGCCCAACUUCUCUGCUCCAGCUCCAUGGCAGCAAAAGUUUUUAUCCCAGCUUAAUUUAGAUGGAGAAGCUCCUCUUCUCAAGGUCAGCUUAGGAGGUGAAGAGUUGGUGGAGGGACGCUUGUUGGCAGCCUUAAGAGUACUCCUUGCGAGCGAUAUGGAAACAGUGCAUAAGCAUGAUUUGAACACGCUUAAAUCUUUGUCAGCUGAAGCUCCUCUUGGUAUUGCAAACGAAGUAGCUGCUUUCCGCACCGUUAUCGCGCUCUGUGUGAUUGCGUUAGGACACUUCCCAACCAAAAUAAUGGAGGAUGAAUCCCUAUUGAAAAAAGAGGGCGUCUUGGGUUCAACCGAGUUGGCCAUCCAGUUCAGAAUGCAGAAGAAAUCUGUGAUUAUAGAUGUGAUGAGAGAUCUGACAAGGAGGGUGAAGUUACUAUCGUUGAAGGAAGCCGCGGCAGCAAAAUGCUAAUCUAUGAUGGUGGAGUCAUUUUCAGUGUGGCUUCUUGGCUCUCAACGAUCUCUCUAUCCCAACGUUGUCAUGUAUGUUGUCAUUGCUAACUUGUUCUGUUUUGCUUUUGAGUAACCUCAUGAUGAUUGGGUUUCUAGAAAAUUUUGACUGUUUA